GUAGGCUGGAGGCGCCGCAGUGGAGAGCGCGUUUUGACUCACAAAGGAAAGACUCCGUGGUUCUGGCUUGCGGCAUCCAAACAACCCACCUUUAGGGUGCUGGGGCACCUUCACCAACUAUUAUCCUCCCUUUCAAGCCCACAGCCUUCUGCCAGCACUUGGAUUCAGCUCCUUCAUUACCAACAUGGAAGAAACUUACAUCGAUUCCCUGGAUCCUGAAAAGCUAUUACAAUGUCCCUAUGACAAAAACCACCAGAUCAGGGCCUGCAGGUUUCCUUAUCAUCUUAUCAAGUGCAAAAAGAAUCAUCCUGAUGUCGCAAACAAAUUGGCUACUUGUCCCUUCAAUGCUCGCCAUCAAGUUCCUCGGACUGAAAUCAGUCAUCAUAUCUCAAGCUGUGAUGACAAAAGUUGUAUAGAGCAAGAUGUUGUCAACCAAACCAGAAACCUUGGACAAGAGACUCUGGCUCAGAGCACCUGGCAGUGCCCUCCUUGUGAUGAAGAUUGGGAUAAAGAUUUGUGGGAACAGACCAGCACCCCAUUUGUUUGGGGCACAGCCAACUACUGUGGCAAGAACAGCCCUGCAAGUAACCUAGUUAUGGAACAUAAGAGUAACCUAGCUUCAGGCAUGCGCGUUCCCAAGUCUCUGCCGUAUGUUCUGCCAUGGAAAAACAAUGGAAAUGCACAGUAACUGAGUAUCUCAUCAAGUGCCUGAACUCAGAAGACUCUUGCUUCUUCCUGCUACCAGUGGGUUCUUCAUUUUUCUCCUAGUCUAAUUAUAGAAAAAUAAAG